CAGUGUGAGAAGACAGAAACAGAAAGUACACCGCCUGAGAUCAAGGAUAAUUUUUUAAAAUACAUAUAAAAAAAAUCUAAACUGUUUAAAAGAUGAGGUGCUUCCAAAGCAAGAGGCUGGAGUGAUGUAUAAAUGGUGAGCUUAUCUGAGGAAACGUUAUCUGCUUUGGGUUGAGAGCACAUGUUGACGUGUGUUCCUGUCAGAGACCACUUCAUUUAUACGAAAAGGACACGACUCUCGUAAGAAUGUCAGAAGACUCUGAAGAAUCUCUGGGAUUUUCUCAAUCAUCUUUUAAAUAAGUGAUUUUUGUGUUUCCUGGGUGCUGAGAGGUGUCUUACGACAUGUGCCAUCCCAAAACUUCAGUGCUAUGCCAAGUUGAACCUUUGUAGAGUUAACGGGAGGACUCUCGGACUUGAGUUAAAUGAGAAGAAGAUGAAUGCCAGUCACAUCUAUUGCAAUAACACUACUGCGCACCAAGUAACAUCAAUACAAGAAUAUCAGCAUCACAUCUAUGCCAUCUUCUACACUGUGAUCCUAGUUCCUGGACUGAUUGGCAAUGUUCUAGCGCUCUGGGUUUUUUACGCCUACAUAAAGGAGACGAAGAAGGCUGUGAUAUUCAUGAUUAACCUGGCCAUCGCUGAUCUGCUGCAGGUGCUGUCACUACCUCUGCGCAUUUACUACUAUUUGAACAACUCGUGGCCUUUUGGAGAUGUUGCCUGCAUGCUCUGUUUCUAUCUAAAAUACGUCAAUAUGUAUGCCAGCAUCUACUUCCUGGCUUGCAUCAGUGUGAGACGCUGUCGACUCAUUAUCCAGCCGCUGCGCACUGGCACCAUGAAAAAACGGCAGGACCGCAGUUUGUGUUUAAUUGGGUGGUUCAUUGUGUGUUUGGGAUGCCUUCCGUUCCCUCUCCUACGAAAAAACCCGACCCCCAAUACAGCAUUCUGCUUCUCUGAGCUACCCAUGAUGCCACUCAGCAAAGAACUAGGAGUGUCGCUUGUGACACUGGCAGAGAUCACAGGCUUUCUUCUGCCGCUGGCUGUAGUGGUCACCUGCUCAUGGCUGACCGCUGCCAGUCUGCGGCAGAGGACCUGUGUGCUACAGGACACUGGGGAGAAGCACAAGGCACUCAAGAUGGUUUUGAGUUGUGCUGGUGUGUUCCUGGUUUGCUUUGUGCCCUAUCACAUAACUUUCCCUUUAGACUUCUUGGCCAAAUCAAACUGUAAUGUCAGUUUUGGUUUUAGGAAUGCAGUGCUCCACGCUCAUCCAAUCACCUUGUGUCUAGCGAGUUUGAACUGCUGUCUGGACCCAGUCAUGUACUACUUCACAACUGAUGAGUUCAAACGGCGUCUUUCCAGGCCAGAAUUUCACGAAAGUUUGCCAUUACAGCACAGAACUUUCUCCACAAAUUCUACAGUCUGCGCUCUAAAAGAAACGGACUGAACUGACAGAGACAGCACAAAGAAACUGUUUUAAGCCACAAAAUAGA